AACGCCAAAGCCAGCUAUGACUUCAGCAGCAACGAUCCCUACCCUUACCCCCGCUAUACAGACGACUGGUUCAACAGCCAUGGGACAAGGUGUGCGGGAGAGGUGUCUGCUGCUGCCAACAACAACAUCUGCGGCGUGGGAGUUGCGUACAACUCCAAGGUGGCAGGUAUUCGAAUGCUUGACCAGCCGUUUAUGACCGACAUCAUUGAGGCUUCCUCUAUCAGUCAUAUGCCUCAAGUCAUAGAUAUAUAUAGUGCCAGCUGGGGACCAACUGAUAAUGGAAAGACAGUGGAUGGACCUAGAGAGCUAACACUGCAAGCGAUGGCAGAUGGUGUGAACAAGGGCCGAGGUGGCAAAGGAAGCAUCUAUGUCUGGGCCUCCGGAGAUGGGGGCAGCUACGAUGACUGCAACUGCGACGGUUAUGCAUCGAGCAUGUGGACAAUCUCCAUCAAUUCUGCUAUAAAUGAUGGACGGACGGCUCUCUAUGAUGAAAGCUGCUCUUCAACCUUAGCCUCCACCUUUAGUAAUGGGAGGAAGAGAAAUCCAGAGGCUGGUGUGGCUACAACGGAUUUAUACGGCAACUGCACCCUGCGUCACUCGGGAACGUCUGCAGCUGCCCCUGAAGCAGCCGGAGUGUUCGCCUUGGCCCUGGAGGCUAACUUGGAUCUGACAUGGAGAGACAUGCAGCAUCUGACAGUGCUCACCUCCAAGAGGAACCAGCUUCACGACGAGGUUCAUCAGUGGCGUCGAAACGGCGUGGGGCUGGAAUUCAACCAUCUGUUUGGCUAUGGUGUCCUGGACGCGGGAGCAAUGGUUAAGAUGGCGAAAGACUGGAAGACCGUUCCCGAGAGAUUCCAUUGUGUUGGAGGGUCAAUACAGGAACCUGAAAAGAUACCACCAAGUGGCAAGCUGGUCCUCACGCUUACAACUGAUGCUUGUGAGGGGAAGGAGAACUUUGUCCGAUACCUUGAACACGUCCAAGCGGUUAUAACUGUGAACUCCACCAGGCGAGGAGACCUCAACAUCAACAUGACCUCGCCGAUGGGAACAAAGUCUAUUUUACUGAGCCGGCGCCCCAGGGAUGACGACUCCAAGGUGGGUUUUGACAAAUGGCCUUUCAUGACCACACACACUUGGGGAGAAGACCCCCGAGGCACCUGGGCUCUUGAGGUUGGGUUUGUGGGCAGUCUGCCACAGCGGGGCGUGCUGAAGGAGUGGACACUGAUGCUGCACGGGACUCAGAGCGCACCCUAUAUAGACCAAAUAGUAAAAGAUUAUCAGUCCAAACUGGCCAUGUCCAAGAAGGAGGAGCUGGAAGAAGAACUGGAUGAAGCAGUGGAGAGAAGCCUGAAGAGUAUACUGAGCAAGAACUAGUGCUGUUCUGCAUGACGGUGUCUGUCCUUCCCCAGAGCCCUCUACUCGCCUUUCUACUAUCCAAACCUCUGUGUUAGACAUGUUACAAUGAUCGUCUCUGUAGCCAAAUUAUCACACUUUCUUGAUUUUAAAGUCUUAUAUCUCAUCAAUAAUUAUUUUAAUUACCACUGAAGCAAUCCUUUUUUUACUCUAAACCACAAAUACACUGUCCCCACUAAAUACUGUGUACAGUUUGUGGCUGUAAAUGAUUUUUCUUUUGUGUCAUACAAAUAGGUAAUAACCCGCAAAGAAGUUGAUGGCUUUUCCCUUCAUAUUUUUGUGGUAAAUGUUGUUUGGUUGUAUUAAAAAAAAAAAAAAAAAAGAACUGAAUUUUAACAUUGGCCGUUGGUGAUAAUGGGCACAUUUUAAAAAUUAUUGUGAGAGAGGGAAUCACAAGGAGGUUGGCUGGAGAGAUCUUUGAAUGUCUAACAGCUCCUUCUGCAUCACUCCCACAUCAGUGGGACGUUCCCCAAAGCAGCACUAGACCCUACAAAAAGAAAUAAUCCAGAGAUGAAGAAAAUUUACCAACCCAAUUUACAGAAAUCCCAUUCUUUUGAGAGUUUUCUUCAGUCUCUACACCUACACCACAGACACACCAACGCUUCAGCUACAAAAUAGUUCAACAGGCAUGCAAUAAGAAAGGCAAAGCGAUGCCAAAGCCGGGUGACAAGGGGAAGUGCUUUGCAAACAGGGUCAGGGCAUUCUAGAAGCACAAGUUUGUUUCCCUCUUAGUUUUUUUGGUUUUGUUUGGGUUUUUUUUUAAAUGUUGUCAAUUUAAAUAAAUUUCCCAUCUUACAGCAGAAUGAGCACGUAGGGCUGUAGGAUUUCUGGCAACCUGUGUGCAAAAGCACAUCUGCUUAUCUCCACACCGAGAUGCACUACAGCAGCGUCAGAUGAGCUGCGUCACCUUCCCAACCACAGACCCCUGUUUUCUGGGGUUUACAACCCCUGUCCCUAAACUGCUGUGCGAGAAAUCUGAAGUACACGGUUUGAGUCCCAAAGGGGUUUGGUUUUGUUUUUUUUUUUUAAUUCAAAUUUCAUUUUUAAAAAUGGAAUUUGUUAUUUUUAUGUUAUACAAAUAUAUUUAAGAAGAAAAAGAUGCCUAAGUUACUAAUAUGUAAUGCAAAGUUGGCCUUCUUGGGAAAUAAAAUGUAGUUUUUGGGAAGAUUUGUUGGUAAUCAUUGCUCUUCGCUGUUUAAUUGAGUCAGUCCCACCUUCACUUUUCACACAUGAGUAAAGUCAGUCUCUCU